CUCUCACUUAAUGUUGCAUGCUUGAAACGCCCCAUUCAUCAUUUAUCUCUUUGCAGAUAAGAAGAUGGCUUUUUCUGGUAUCCUCAGUGAGGCUGACAUCUCCGCUGCCCUCAAAUGCACAGAAGCCAAGGACUCUUUCAACUUCAAAACUUUCUUUGCCAAGUCUGGUCUAAGCGGCAAGACUCACGCUGAAGUCAAGAAAACCUUCGAAAUCCUGGACCAGGACAAGAGUGGCUUCAUUGAAGAAGGUGAGCUGAAGCUGUUCCUGAAGAACUUCUGCGCUGAUGCCAGGGAAUUGACCGACUCUGAAACCAAGAUCUUUCUUUCAGCUGGUGACUCAGACGGUGAUGGCAAAAUCGGAGUGGACGAAUUCCUAGCUUUGGUCAAGGCUUAAAUUAACCUUUUAAUGGAUGAUCCUAGAAGUAU